AUGACACUUGUUGAGUUUUACAUGAGCUAUGAAAGUGCAAUGGAUGCCCAAAGAUAUAACCAAGAAAAGCUGAAUGUAUCAUCACUUCAUACGGUACCCCAAUUAAAAACUCCAUUGCCAAUUGAAAAUAUUGAAAAAAGUGAAAGUGUUGAAACUAUAAUUGUUUUAAACUCGGUAUUAGACAAGAUGUACAAAGUCCCAUUUAUUGAGGGAAGUUCAAUUGAUGAGCUUCAAGUAGAUUGUGGGUGUACGUUGUUCAAACGUAUAGGCCUAUUAUGUUGUCAUGCGAUUUGUGUUAUGAGUAUAACACAAAUCCCAAAGCCAUAUAUUUUGGAUGGUUGGACAAAACUAGCUAUGAAGAAGCCUAUUUUUGAUAUGCAUGGCAAUUUGAUUGAAGACCAUAAAAAUUAG